AUGAUGAUCAACACAACUACAGUAGCACCAGUAGGAGCAGGAGACAAUAACAACAACAACAACUAUGAUGAUGAUAUAGAGGCUUCGAUCAGAGCAUUGUCAAGACAGCUGGAGGUUAGGAAGACGUCGGCCGGAAGCAUUAGAGAGAGGUACUCCAAGAAGUACCAGCUAAAUAUGCCACCGACCUCCACCGACCCCUUUGGCUUCGACACCUCCGUGUUGCCAGCCGCACCAGACUAUGGCGACAAUGACCAGCCACAUUGCAGCACUGGUGUCCAUGGCGGCGGACAAAGACAUAUCCGUGACUCGGAUGAGGAUGACUUUGAUCCGUACAGUCCACGAGCAGCUACCACUACCACAACAACAACGACGACUUCAAAGAGAUCUAUUGACAUGGAGCUGGAGGAGUUGGCACAGUUGGAGAGGCUCAUAUCGAUCAGCACUCAAAAGAUUGACAAUCAAAUGCAGGAGAAUCACUCGACCACCUCCCCCACCAUUAGUCCACGUGCCAACCCAACACAGCCAGUCGCAAGCUCGAGAAAACCAAAGACACAGGCUCAAACACAGACACAGACACAGACCCAGACUCAGGUAUCACCAGGCGAAAUGAAUGACCUUCAAAUGUUGAUUCAAAGUCUGAGCAAUGAUGCAUCGCGACCAACCACAACUACCACUCCAGCCACAACAACACAGGUUAACGCGGUUUCCCCGCCACUCCCAUCGUCCAAGGCACCAACAUCACUCAAUCCUACUACAUUGCCAGCACAAUCCAAGCCCGCCACAACCUCGUCUACAUCAUCAUCAUCAUCAUCAUCAAAUACCAACAACAACAAUCCAAUCACAAGCAAGAAGCCACUACCAACUACACCGCCACCAUCACCACCACUCCAAGACCUGAAGCCACCACCAAACUAUGUCAAGCAGGACUUCUCUCUUAUGCACCAGAACGUAAAGAGAGAGGUUGAGUCAUCAAUUCAAAACCAGCCACAGAAGGAUGAUGUACAUAACAUUGGAAAUGAGGACAGCAACACGAAUAGUAACUCGAGACAUUUGUUGGACAUUGGCUUGGAGUACAAGUAUAGAUUGAUGAUGGAGCAGGACCCAAAGGACUACCAGACACUGAUCAAGUGGGCCAGAUUGAUACAUCGUAAUAUUAAGGAGCUGUUGGGUGGCGCCAACAUUGACCUGAGUCUCUUGGACUGGAAUGAGGAUGUGGCCGUGCCCACGUCUCAGUCGCAACACACGCCCACCACGCCCUUCACAGACAGCCUGCAAUCAAUGCUCCUGAAGGAGCCGCUGUUCGAUGUAUGCAGCAAGUACCAGUUGGCGCUCGAGUUGUCAACGCCGGCCAACAGCAGCCCCAGCACCAGCCUGUCAAUGUCGUCGCUGAUGAGUUUCUCAGUCGCACCCGCCGUCAGCAAGGCGGCUCCCAAGCCCCUGCCCAAACAGCCAGCGCGCGACUCAUCUCUGACGGUCUCAAACAAUGGAGGACUGGCGCAGCCACCCGCUUCAUUGGCCAACCCAUCAGUUCGCCGUGUGUUGCGCUCAGUGUCGCUGCCACCCGCCCCGCCACCCCCUCCCAGCGAGGAUCCAAACUCGCCCUGGGCCGACCCGGACCUCUGGAUGCAAUGGGGAGACUGUCUAUUUAUUCUCUGUACAUACCUAGAACUACCAAUGUAUAAAGCCACAUGCGAAAAGUAUCACAGAUGUAUCAUUUUACUUCAGAAACAGCAACAACAACUACAGAUGCAGUUGCAACAACAACAACUGGCGCAACAACAUCAGCCACAGCAGCAACAUACGCCAAAGGACAUGAACAGCAUUAGGACAAUGGCCAAAAUGCUCAGGAAGUGGGGCAUAUCGCUGAGCCGAUACUCCCGCCGCAUGAAGUGCCAAUUCCUCAUGUCAGAAUGGUCGAACGAGGAGAGCGUGCAGGUCGAGGAGAUGUGGAAAGUGCUGCACACGCAGUCUAUCCAGUCGCUCAGCUACAGCGUUCACAUCUAUCCGUCGCCCGUAACCACGUACCACCUGGCCACGGCGUACCUGCGCCAUCUAGUCACACUCAAUCAGUUUGGUGGACCCAAGGGCGCCAUCUUUGCUCUGGUGACCAAUGCCUGCGAGCUCUACCGCCAGUCGCUCACAGACAACUUCAAGCUGCCGUCUGAGGAGUCGCUCACAGACCUGCAGCGCACUCGUGCCAUCGAGAACUGGGCACGCGCACUCGACAUCCAGUUGGCAGUCAAGCUGAUGGAAGAGGAGGCAGUGGAAAAGGAUGAGGAUGAUCUGCACUCGGUCGAUGAGUACUUGUCGCACUUCUCGCGCCUCAUGCUCGCAGGCAUCGUGCCCUCGCUCGAGGGCAUUGUAUCACUGUGUCUGAACCAGCGCCAGGCCAUCCAAUACAAGGCCAUCAACACCCUGUCCACGCUGUGUGGCGCCAAAGAGCUGGCCAAGCACGCGAUCCUCGACGACCUGCAGGAGCACAUGUUGCGAGUCGAGGGUCUGAUGUUCCAGCGAGAUGACGCCGAGUCGCUGCAGUCACAGCAGCGCACACUCAAGAGCAUGCCACCCAAGCUACAGGCAUACGUGCGCAUGUCUGGCCUGACCGAGGAGGAGUUGAUGCGCAACUUUGAGAUUGCCUGGAACUCAAUCUACUUCUUGACCAAGGACACGAUCGCCAACCAACCAGUGCCACCCAACUACUACCGCUCAAACAAGAAGACCAAGGAGGCAAUCAAGAAGCGCAUGAAUGGUCCCGGCAGCAACAGUAGCAGUGGCGCAAGCUCGCCACCCGACACGGACCGCGAGAACGACGCGGCCACAGUCAAGCCACUAAUCCCAUCCAUUCAUCGCACGCCCAGCUCAUCCACGCUGAUCGUGCCCUACACUGGACACACUCCGGCCAAGUUUGCAUCGUUAAGCCGAUCGCAAGCCAAGUCAUUCCUCAACACGGCCAGCAAUUAUAAUGCCACCGCCACUGCCUCUAUGACCGGCACUGGCCAGGGCCAAGACCAGUCGCGCGAUUGGGUACUCACACUGCCUUCACGCAAACCUACGCGACGCGCUGUCGUCUCGCUGCUCUCCAAUCCCAACCAGCCCAAUGGCAAUGGCGAGGAGUUGUUGACCACGGUGUCCAAGUACAUCCCACCCAUGGUGCGUCCUGAUGUGCCACAGCCACCACCUCUACCACGCUGCGACGAGUCCAUCUUCUCAGGUGGUAGUCCACUCAACAUGUUCAAAGACAAGAUCAAACUUGGCACAGGUGCAUUUGGCAACGUAUUCUACGCUGUGCGCAAGUCUGACAACAAGCAGGUGGCGAUAAAGGUGUUGAUGGAGCGCACGAAGAAGGGCAGCCCAAUCAUACCCGAGCUGUACAUUCAUCGAUACUGCAACCAUCCAAACAUCGUAUCAUACUUUGAGUCUUACCUGUGUAAAGGUCAUCUGUGGAUAAUCAUGGAGUACUGCGACGGUGGCACGGUGCGCGACCUCCUCCACGAGGACUGGAAGAACAACGACACGUCGGACGCCCCCACGCCACUGAGCGAGCCACUGAUCGCCUACAUUGCAAAGCAGCUGCUGGAGGGCCUGGCGUACCUGCGCGCCAAGGGCAUCAUCCACAGAGACAUCAAGUCGCGCAACAUAUUGUUGACGCGACGUGGCAAGGUCAAGAUCGCCGACUUUGGCCUGGCAACGACAUGCAGCAUUGGUCGUGGUCGCACGAGGAUGUGUGGCACAAUGGGUCGUAUCGCGCCAGAGAUAAUCAAGCGCGAGCCAUACGAUACACAAGUGGACAUCUUCAGUUUAGGCUGUCUGUUGGUCGAGCUUGCCGAGGGCACUGUGCCCUAUGGCAAAGACACCUCUCUCAAGUCCAUGUUCUAUACAGCCACAGUUGGUUACAAGUUAGUCAAUCCAUCAAAAUUGACACCAGAGUUUGUUGACUUUGUUGACUUGUGUUUGAAUGGUGAUCCAUUCGUCAGACCCGUUCCAGAGAUGUUGCUAAAGCAUUCAUUCCUGGACACGGCAGAGAAGGGCAAACAAGUACUCUUGGACAUGUUCAAGAAUCAAGACGUUCGCAAAGACAAUCUACUCAACAACCUUGUGCCAUUCUAA